AUGAAUGAGUUCCCUAAGGAGGAUCUUAGUAAAGACCUAAAGAAUCUGGUUCUUGAUUCAGAUAGCUUACCUCAACAGUUGAGUCUCGGAUUGACGUGGGAUCUGCACUCGGACGUGUUCCAGUUUUCUGCUCCAGAUGUACGAAAACCUUUCUCUAAAAGGGGAUUGCUAUCAGCAAUGAACUCGGUAUAUGAUCCCUUAGGUUUCUUGGCACCGUUCUCGGUCAGCGGAAAGAUGCUCCUUAGAGAAGUAUGUUCAGAUGGAUCAAGUUGGGAUGACGAACUUCCUAUAAAGUUAUUGGAGCAAUGGAACGCUUGGAAUGAUGCUCUCCAUCAGUUGGAUGGUUACCAGGUUCCAAGGAUGUUCAUCAAGUCAUCACUCAGUUUGUUACAGAAUCCAAGGGUAUACAUCUAUUCAGAUGCCCCUGAAAAAAGUGUAGCUGCUGUUGCCUAUCUUGUAUCAACCGAUACUCCCAAUGACAAGGACAUUGGCUUUAUUAUGGGUAAGGCUAAGGUAGCACCCAAGAAUGGACACAGUAUUCCAAGACUAUAA